UCAUGGGCCCCUGGGCAAUAGGGGAUCAUGGGCCCCCUGUGCCCUUGCCCAAACUCAAAAAAAGCCUAUGAAAAAGGUACCAGGGGCAUCUCAUGGGGCCCCCUACUGACCCCGGGCCCUCGGGCACUGCCCGAGUUUCCAAAUGGUCAGUCCGCCCCUGCUCUAGACUGACUACCACAAUAGUAAACUCCGCUUUUGAACUUGUACCUACAGGUAAGCCUAUAAUAAGGUUUACCUGUAGGCAGGGCUGGUGCGCUAGGCAAGAC